GUGAUGCGGUACCAAGGCCGGAAACUCCUGGAGGAGGAGCCCCACAUCUUCGCCAUCUCCGAGUCCUCCUUCGUGGCCCUCCAGCGCCUCGACAAGAACCAGUCCUGCGUCAUUUCGGGCGAAUCAGGAGCCGGCAAGACGGAGACGACCAAGUUCAUCCUGCAGUACCUGUGCUCCGUGACCUCCGGGGUCUCGACGUGGGUUGAGCAGCAGAUCAUCGAAGCCAACAGCAUCUUGGAGGCCUUUGGCAAUGCUAAGACAGUUAGAAAUGACAACUCUAGUCGAUUUGGAAAGUUCAUGCAAGUGUGCUUUGACACGUCCUGGCAUAUCAAAGGCUGCGUCAUGCAGGACUACCUCCUGGAGCAGUCCAGAAUCACUUUCCAGGGACCUGAGGAGAGGAACUACCACGUCUUCUAUCAGCUAGUUGCGGCUGCACAAAAUAACAAGGAAAUCGCAGACCAGUUCCAUUUGCGGCCGGCGAGCUUCUACACCUACCUGAAUCAGUCCGGUUGCAUCACCAUAGAUGGGGUGGACGAUGUCAAGAAAUUUGACGGACUCCGACUAGCUUUCAAUGUGCUUCAUGUCCCACCAGAGAUCUGUGACGGCAUUUUCGGCACACUGGCUGCUAUUCUGUGGCUAGGCAAUUUAGAGUUCGUGGACAUUGAUGGCGAGAAGUGUGAGUUGAGCACUAGCGACAAGGAAGUGCUGACUAUUGUCGCAGAAUUGCUGAAUCUGGAGGAGGAGGAUCUGCUGGGCGUUGUUCUUCAGCGGCAGAUUAACAUCAGAGGAAACAUCACUCGAAUUCCACUCAAGCUUGCUGAGGCUCGAGAAAACAGGCAUGCCAUGGCCAAAGCACUGUAUUCGAGAACAUUUGCUUGGCUUGUUGACCACAUCAACAAGUGCACCAACCCUGGGCAGGACCAGACGAGAUUUCUAGGUGUGCUGGACAUCUUUGGAUUCGAGAACUUUGCAACUAACUCUUUUGAACAAUUGUGUAUCAAUUAUACAAAUGAAAAAUUACACAAAUUCUUUAAUCAUUAUGUGUUUGCAUUGGAGCAAGAAAUUUACCGUCAGGAGGAGAUCAAGUUUUCCCACAUCACCUUCACUGACAACACAGAGUGCCUUGAACUGCUUGAAAAGCCACCAAGGUGCAUCCUCAAACUCUUAUCUGAAGAGUGCCGAAUGCCCAAGGGUGCCGACAAAUCCUACUUGACCAAGCUACACCAAGAAUUUGAUUCCCAUCCGAACUACAUCAAGGGUGAAGACCGAAGAAAGUGGGAGGUGGAAUUUGGUAUCAACCACUAUGCAGGUAAAGUGAUAUACACAGUGAAAGGUUUUGUUGACAAGAACAGAGAUGCACAGCAGGAUGUGUUUUUUGAACUGAUGAACAAGUCAAGGAACAAGUUUGUUGCCGAUCUCAUCAGAUUCCAGGAUCUCCUUGGCUGCACCAUUGCCAGAAUGGGUACCAUACACAGCACAAUCUCCAGAGGAACCUCAAAGGGAAAGCCAACAGUUGCUGAUGCUUUCCGCAAUCAACUUCAGGCUUUGGUUGAUGUCCUGCAGUCAACUAAUCCAUGGUAUGUCAGAUGCAUUAAACCAAACAAAAGCAAAUCCGCUGACUCCUACGAUGAAUUGAUGGUGCUCGACCAGCUGCGGUAUUUGGGCAUGAACGAUAUCAUCAGAAUCCGCAAGGAAGGAUUCCCCAUUCAUAUGACCUUCACAGAUUUCAUCACCAGAUACUUUUGCCUAAAUAAGAAGCGCAGACAUCCAACGCCCAAAGAUCAUGUGUGUGACAUCAUGAAAGGUCAGAACCUACCACCAAGGGAGUGGCAAGUUGGCAAGAGCAAAGUGUUCAUCCGGCAGAAAGUGUACGAGCCACUAGAAGACCAACGUCUCACCACCAUGCGUGAUGCAGCUGUCAAAAUCCAGGCUGCAUAUCGCAUGCAUAAGCAUAGAAUGGAAUAUAACAGGAUACGAGCAGCAUGUAUAAAUAUCCAAAAUCGCUACCGUGGUUGGAGGCUACGACUGGUAUUCCUGAGAAAGAGGCGAGCGGCAGUAAUUAUUCAGUCUAAUGUCCGAGGAAUGUUUGCCAGAGAGGUUGCAAAUGCCCUUCGUGAAAUGAAGCGAAUCGAGGAGGAACAGCGGAGACGAGAGAAGCUGGAGGAGGAGAGACGACAGAGGGAAGAAGAAGCCCUCAAAUUGGCAGAGGACGAGGAGAAGAGGAAAGAGCUGGAGGAGGCUCAGAGCAAACAAUAUGAUGGGCUAGCAGCUGUAGGGGAAGGGAAAGUCGAGGAGGAGAUGGCAACACUCUCCAACAUGGCCGAGACAGUGAACACGCGGCUGGCCACCUCUGGCCCGACCAAUCCAGACGACGCAUCUCAGGGCUCGGGAGAAGGGGUUGAUCUCGACAACCUGUUCUCCUUCUUAUCUAACAUGGAAUCAGAGAGACAUGUCCUUGAUGAAAUAUCUCGGCAGAUGGAAGAACUUGCCGACAAUGUAGAAGAGGAGAUUGAGGCUCUUAACCGUAGCGAAGGGGAAGGGCAGGAUUCUCCUUUGCCGCCGCCCCCACCACCUCACGCCCCAGAUUCUCUCCCUCCUCCUCCGCUGCCUCAGGACCUUGUUUCUCCGCCACAAGUCGUAGAACAAACGCCACCUCCCCCUCCAGCGUUGUCUGUACCCCCGCAUCCAGUCCCAGGGUCGGCAGAGCAGAAGGGUAACAGAGAGAGCGGGGACAGCCUGCCACCCCCACCUCCGCCACAGAUGAAUGGAUUCCAUGAAGAUGAGAAGCCGAAGGAGCCAAUAUAUGAAACGAUUCCUGUCGGCCUAGCAGGGUCACAGGGGCGAAGGGAGCCAAACUACGUAUCAGGUCCCCCACCUGCAGGGCCUCCACCUGCUCCUCCAGAGGAAGAGGUUGAGUUAAGAAGACCUCGAGAACAUUCACUUGAACGUCGUCGAAGGGCUUCGGGUCAGAAGCGGCCUUCGAGAUCCCCAUCCGCUCGAAGCCCAUCGCGGGUGUCGCGAUCCGGCACAAGAAGUCCUGUGCAGCGGGUGAGCAGUCGCAACAAUGGUGUGGUUGAAGACCCAGACAGAGUUGAACGACGUAAGCAGAGAGUUGAGCGUAAGCUUCACGAACUGGAGGAGCUUGAGGAGAACAAAGAGAACGAGAGCCAGAAUCAUUUUGAUAUGAUUGAGUUUGCAGAAAAGUAUUUCAAUAAUCAUGAACGUUCGCCUGAGGGCACCAUCAUGUCUACACUGACCCGCAAACGUUCCACAGCAGAGUUCCUUCCCAAGUAUGAGCUGAUCACGUAUUCUCGCUCCUCCAUCAUCCCUACCUCUCAUGUCCACCUCUAUGACCCAGAAAACAUCAACCUUGCUUGCACAAUCUUUAGGGACUUAUGCAAAUACUGCCGAGGAGAAUUCAAACCCGAGCAAGAGAUAACAACUAUCCAGAACAUUAUCGCUCAUGGCCUGGAGCGGGAGGAGCUGCGCAACGAAAUCUACGUCCAGUGCAUGCGGCAGGUCACCAAUAACCCGAGCACAGAAUCACUGGAACGGCUUUGGCUAAUGUUGUGUCUGUGUGUUGUGGCUUUCCAACCAGGAAAACUUCUUCAUAAGUAUUUUGUAAGCUUCCUUCAAAAGAGCCUUAGCCUUGAUGGAAAGCUGCGGCAGUAUGUGCAGUGGUGCCUCGAAAACUGUAAAAAUACAAAGGUCAGUUGCAGAAGACUGCCACCUUCCUCAGUGGAGAUUGCAGCCAUGAAAAAACUUGGAACCAUUGUGUGCAGAUUCUUCUUCCUGGACGGCCGCACAAAGGCCAUUGACGUCCAUCCGAGGGAUACUGCUGGUGAUGCCAUGCAGAAGCUUGCAGACAGGCUUGGACUGGCAAAUUUAGAGGGCUGGGCGAUAUAUGAGUCUGGUCUGGAUGGAGACAAGCACGUAAAGAUCCACGAGUAUCUGUAUGAUGUGAUAUCAUCAUGGGAAACGAAACAACAAAAGGUUGGGAGUUCAAGCAACUAUGGAACUCUCAAUAAACGCUCCUCACAGACGGUCAGUUCUGGGGAGAACAGAUUUGUUUUCCGCAAACGUCUCUUCCGCUCUCCUCGGGAAAUUCCAAGUGAUCCAGUGCAAGUGAACCUGUUAUAUGCUCAGGCAGUAUAUAGUGUAGUAAGAGCUGAUGACUUCCCAAUCAAUGAAAAAGUAGCUCUUCAGUUGGCUGGGCUCCAGGCGCAGGUGGCACUCGGUGAUCCAAAGGAUGGCAAGACUGAAUUUUAUGCCGAUAUUCAGUCCUAUCUGCCAGCCCGCAUAGCUCAAGGAAGAAAGCAGGCCGAGUGGAUACCGGUGCUUGGACAGGCACACAGGCAAUAUGGUACUGGCAAGACAGACAUCGUGGCUAAAGUGUGGUAUCUGACCUGUGUUAUGCAGUUCCCUCUCUAUGGAACAACAAUGUUCCAAGUCUCAUAUAGAGGUUACUGGUCUUACGGUAACACACUUAUCCUGGGAGUGAACUGUGAUGGCAUUGCUAUGAUUAAACCAGAUGACAAAUUCAUCCUUUACGAGUAUAGAUACUGUGACAUAGAAUCAAUCUUUUUAGACCCAAGUGACAACUUCAUCACUAUAAACCUCUUAAGAACUCUGCCAGAUGCGCAUAAAUGCUUUGUUUUUGAGACCAAAGAAAAGGAAGAAAUAGGCUUCCUUAUAGCUAGUUAUUCUCCACUUCUGGCAUCUUGGAUAAAAGACAUGGACUCUAAUAAGAAGGUGAAGCAGAUUACGGGUGAAGAUCGAAUACGGUUGUAUUACAACCUGGUGCAUGCGCGUCGGCAGAUCAUUGAUGCCAACAUCCUCAGGAAACCUCAGGACCAGGGCGGGAACUUCUUUGUCAGUACGCUGAGGAGACUGAACAAGCAGAAGCUAGAGAAGCUGCGACAGGAUUAUGGGGAGAAUUCAGAGACAUACAAGGGCUUCCACCACAUGUUCUGGGCAUUCUCCAAAACUCCUUUGACUCAGACGCUCACAAAGAUCGCAACCCCUGAAGUUGAGCAGCAGGCACUCCAGAUCUCUCUUGCCAUCCUUACCUAUGCGGGUCUUAAUCCUAAUGCUGAAGCAGCAGUUACAAGUGAUGACCAGCAACUGACAAUGGUUCAGGGUGUGGUGGAGCAGUGUAUGAAGCGAGACCUACUCCUUAAUGAAACGUAUCUCCAGCUCAUCAAACAAACAACAGAUCAUCCAGAUCCAAAUUCGCGGGUAAACUUACGGCAUUGGUCCUUGCUGACUUUGUUCUGCUCCGUCAUUCCCCCAACUGACAAGUGUGUGAGAAAAUACCUCCGUGCACACCUACAGCGCUGUGCCACAGACUACGUGUCCGAAGAGGGAAAGUAUGCUCGUUAUGCUGAGAAGUGUCUUGUUAAAGCUCUGAACAAUCGCCGUCGGCAGUGGGCUCCCUCAAAACAGGAGAUCUUAUGUACCAUAAAUCGCAGACCAAUAUAUGCUCGCUUCCAUUUCAUGGAUGGACAGUUCCAUUCAUUGGAGUUUGAUGCAUCAGCAACAACAGCUGAUGUUGUUGAUCUAAUCAAACACAAGAUUGGACUCAAAGAAACCACCAAAGGUUAUGCCAUUUAUGAGAUGUUGGGGACGACAGAAAGGUGCAUACUGAUGGAAGAGGUCCUGGCUGAUGUAAUGUCCCGGUGGGAGCGAUACAGGCAGUCGACUGCAGCCACUCAACACCACAACCAUCACAUAUUCCUGUUUAAGACAUCAAAGGUCACACAGCAUUUUGACACAAGUAUUGUGGCAAAAAGUGUAAAAAGAGUUCACAUUCAUGUGUGCACAAAAUAUCCCUCACAAAUAAAUACUAAUCUGUACAAAUUAGAGAAUAAUAUGGAACUAUUAGAAACACAGAAUAUACAUGCUUGUCAAGUAUAG